CUGCGUCACAGUUACCGCUCAGGUAACACAUGUGAGACAGAAGCUCCGGUGUUUCCACUAAAAACCAUUGCGAUCGCUAUUCUUGUUGGGAUGAAUCUGUCCGGACCUGUGGAUUAUCAGUUUUCAACCAAAGCAUGACCGCCCUCAUCACAGUUUUUCGCCUGUUGGUCUUGCUCCUCUCAUCCACGGGGGUAUUUCCGCAGUCCCGCAUUGACUUUGGAAGGAGGACCCAGCGAGAUAUCCUCUGCUCAGACAAUCAGUACCUGAACGGCAACAACUGCUGCUUAAACUGUCCAGCUGGUACACAUGUGAAAUCACACUGCAGCAAAUCAGGAGAGAAGGGGCAGUGUCAGGAAUGCGACUACAGGACAUACACUGCUCAUCCCAAUGAACUGAAUCAGUGUUUCCCGUGCACACCGUGUCGUCCAGAUCAGGAAAUUGUAACGCCGUGUUCGACCACUCAAGAUACUGAAUGUCAGUGCAAAGCGGGAAGAUUUUGUGAUCCUCACCAAGCUUGUGAAGUAUGCAAGAAAUGUUCAAAGUGUGAAAAGGACGAGGAGAUAGAGCGGAACUGCACCUCUACCACCAACACAGAGUGCAAGAAAAUCAAGCCCAACUCUGGCUCGGCCUCAGGAAACAAAGACGUGAUAGCUGUAGUCUUCCCGAUUCUUGGCAUAGUAGCAGUAGCAGUAGCAGUAGCAGGAGUAAUCUUGUAUAGGAGAUACAGAUCAACAGACUCUCAGAGUGAUCUGCCAGAGGAGAUUAAAGUUGUGCAGUGUUCCACUGAGGAAAGGAGGAACAGAGAAACCCGAAGGCCAAGCGCCUCUAACUGUAAACUGGUGAGAGCCAUAUCCUCUGUCGCCACGGAGGAUCAGCAUAAUGUGUAUAAAAGCCUCAACAGCUCAGCCAGUAACUCGCAGCAUAGUCUAACCGGCCUGCAAGCCGCCUUACCUGUAACCGCCGUCAGACCUGUGUUUGCCUGGACGCCCGUCAGUACGGAAGAGGAGCACAUACUCAUUCCUGUGAAUGGUGAAGAGUCUCUGAAGAAAUGCUUCGAGCUUUUUGAGGAAAUUGAGUUCGACCAACACAAGAGAUUCUUCCGUCACCUUGGGAUCAGCGACAAUGUGAUUAAAAGCAAAGAGCUUGACCACUAUGAAGACAAGAUCCAUGACCUGCUGAAUAUUUGGUUGGAGCAAGAGGGCAGAGAGGCCAGCCUGAACAAACUGCUGAAAGCAUUACUUGACUUAAAUCAAAGGCGAACCGCGGAGACGGUCAAGGAGAAAGCUAUUGCCAAUGGUCAUUAUUUCUCUGUGUGCCUAUGAGAGGUCCAAGCAUGAGAACUACUCAUGUUGUGAGGUCCUUGCUGAGAGCUUCUGCUCCAUCCAGUACUGGUUGGAGGAGCAUUGUAUAAUCCAGAGUUGUGUUUUGGCCAGUAGUUAACCUAUUCAGCCAAAAAAAAUAAAAAUAAACGGAAUCAUAAGGGAUGUAGUGUCAUGAAUUGGCAUUAGCUUGUGUGGACCUCUGCUUCUGUGAUAACAGAGGUCAUGACUAAUGAUGUGUCAUUUCCUUUAAGGUGUGAUGCCUUGUUGCCUUCUGCUGUGUAGUAGCUCCACUUCAGGUUACUACCCAUAGUGUUCUGGAGAGCAAUAUUACUUGUUCAGCCAAAAAAGUGCUUUAUGUCUUUCAAAGUCAGUAUUCUACUGACGCAGCUGCUUCUGUCUUUCUAGUAAAGGCUACACUGCAGUCCAGAAGAGAAAAUGCAGCUUCUUGUUUGUGAUAUUUGCCUUAAUUCAAAUGCUUAUUUUCACUUUAAAUACACUCCAAAUGACUACUUGACUUCAGUUGUUUUUUUGGUCUGAUAUAAAUUACUUUUUCACUCUAUAUGGAGUGUGGAUGAAGUAUUUCAUGUAUUUAUAUAAGUGCCUGCUGUCUUUCAUGCCAGACUUUUUUUUACAGAAGCCAAAAGAAGAUAUGCUGUCAUAGUUUUUGUGAGAUGUUCAUUGACAUUAUGAUCUUAUCAUUUUAUUUAUUUGAUUGUAAUGUUCUCAGGAAUUACUGCCUUUGUGGUUGCAUUGAGCAACAGAACAUGUGAAGUACAAAUGAAAUGUCUGGAGAUGAAUAUGAUUACUACAAGUACAUAUUAUGAUGGAUAGAAGUUAAAUGUAUUAAUAUUUAUUUACGAUGUUGUCUGCUUGACUGUAACUUAUACUUGUUGAUUGCCACUGUUGGUUUACUAGCUGUGAGCAGCAGAAGUGUUUGUCUCUGGUCUGUGUUGUGUUUCUAGCCUGUUAUUACGCCUGAUCACAACUAUGACAUCAAAUCCACAAGGGUUUAUAUUGGGUACCAUGAUAUGCUUCAUUAUUGCAUUAAGUGCCUUGCCCAAAAGUACUUAGGUGUUUUGGAGAAUGUAUUUUCUCUAUCCUCAAGUUGCCCUUUAUUAAGGAAUGUGUGUGCCUCAAUGAUGUGAUGGUUCUGUUUUGCACUGAUCUGUAUAGCUGGCAGAGAAUUAUUGUUUCCUUUAUAGAGGGCAAAUCACACCAUUACACCAUUGUGUGUUUGUUUUUGUCAUUGUUCUCACAUUUAGGUCAUGUGAUGUAGUUUCACUCAGACAUUUGUAUUCAGCAUCUUAAGGUUUUUGCUUUUACAGAGUAGUUACAAGUUAAUGAAAUAUCAAAUGCACAAAUUGAGCAUGUGAGCAAAAACUAAACCUUCAGAAAUAAAACAGUAUGA